AUGAGGCUUGGACCAGAACAGGGGUCGGCAGAGCCGGGCGACGGACUCGAGCCGCAGGGAGAGAGCGGCGCCCAGUCCCCAUCCCGGGGCCGGGGCGCCGAGGGUCGCCGUCCGGGGCAGGGCCGGCCCACACCGAGAGGACCGGGUCGGCGGCCGCAGGGGCCCCCGGGGCUGAGGGGGCCCACGGGGGCAGGGGUCCCCUCACGACCCGGCCCUGAGGGGAGCCCCGGCCUCUGCCGGUCGCCCUUCUCCGGGGCCCGAAGGUCCAGCCGCGGCCGGAGGACCCGGCCCGGACACGGAGCGGAGAUACCACCGCCGCCCCUCCUCGAUACCCCUUCCCUAGAGGUCACGCUCCCAUCCCACCCCCGGACCCCGCACUUCCGCUUCCGCAGGGGCCAGCGGCCCCGGCACUCACCCGCGGCCAGCCCCGCGUCGCCGCCGCCGCCGCCGCCUCCCGGCAGUGCCGUCCGGCCUCUGAGAGGCAGCGCGCGGCCCCCGCACGCUCGGCGCCCGCCCCGCGACGCGCGCGCCCGCCCCGCGACGCUGCGCCUUCCAGCCGGCGCGCGGCCGCUGCCCUCAGGGCCGGGUCGCCCGCCCUCCCUGCGCUCCCAUUGGCUCCUGGCGCCGGGGGCGCGCGUUGCGGCGUGCGCGCUCACCCCGGCGACCGCGGCGACCUCGCGGCCUGAUUGGCUGCGGGAGCAGAGCGCCGCGCCACGCGAGAACACACGAGAGCGCGCGUGCGCAGGGCCGUCGGGCUCUGCCGGCGACCGCCCGUGGAGGACGCAGAAAGCCUCAGAAGCAAAAUAUAGUUAUAUGCGUCUGCUGAAAGUUCUCAAGAACAAGCCGCUACCUUCCCGAAGUCGCCACCCCCCCCCCACCCAUAACUGUGGUACCAGCCAGACAGGCUUCUGA